AUAAGAAAUCAAUUAAAAUGAUAAAACCAAUGAAAAUGCUCAUUAGUUCUAAUAAAAUACAUGUAUUAGAUUAAUCUAAAGUAAGAUUAUACCAAGCCCUCAAAUAUGUGGAUUUAAUAAACCCCUUACAAUAAAUCGAUUAAAUUAUACCAUAGAACUAAAUCAAACUAUGAUUGAAUAGAAUACGCAAGAAAUAGGAAUUUUUGGCAUAGUUGGUAUUUAUUAAUUCUACGGCCAAAAUAAUUUACUUUAUAUUUCUGAGGCUAAUUAAGUCUGUUAAAUAUAGGAUUUAAUAAUUUACGAAAUAGUUUCGAUUUCAAACAUUUUAUAGAAUCAACUUUCUUCAAUGGAGUAAUAAAGCAUUAAAAAUAUUGAAGCUUAUUUUAGUAAAUGCACAUAUUUUUCAUUAUAAUAUGAUUUAACUCUACCGAUAUCAUAAUAACAUCAACCUGAAUAAAGUGAAAGGAGUAUGAGAUUUUGGUGGAAUUUUCAUGGUUAUAAAUUACUUUUGGAUUAAAAGAUUCCUAAGUGUUGGUGCAUUAAAAUUAUUUAAGGAUUUGUAGGUUUAGCAUAAUGUGAAAUAAAAACACAAUAAAAUCAAUAGAUUAAAUAUAUUUUAAUUGCGCGUAGAGAAACUUUAAGAGGGGGCACAAGAUAUAAUCAUCGAGGAAUAAAUAUUGAUGGAGCUGCUGCAAAUACAGUUGAAACUGAGUAGUUAAUUUUAUAUUAAGAGAAAAUCUAUUGUCAUUUAUAAAUUAGAGGAUCAGUACCAGUAUUUUGGGAAUAAGUAGGUAUUAGAGCUAUUUCAUAUAUUACACAAAAUACUGAAUAAACCAAAAUGGCUAUAACUAAACAUCUCAUGAACUUAAAAAAAUAUUUUGGAUCUCUUUUAUUAAUUGAUUUGAUGGCUAUUGACAAACCAAACGAAGCAAUUAUAAGUUAAACUUAUAAAGAGUAUUCAAAAUUUUAUUCUAAAUAGAAUGAUUAAUUCAAUUGAAAUACCUUAAAUCACUCAUUAACAUAUUGAUUUCAAACAAUAUUGCAAAAAUUAUAAGUUUGAAAAGCUUAACUCAGUGAUACUUCAAAAUAAAGAAAUUUUAAUUUAAUAAUCUUUCACAAAAUUGUAGAGUGGAAAAUUAUGUAAAUAUAGUUAUUCAAUUAGUGAAUAUACAAAAUGGGGUUGUAAGAACUAAUUGUUUGGAUUGUCUGGAUAGAACCAAUGUUUUUCAGACUAAAAUAGCAUUUUUUAUAACAAAUCUUAUAUUGAAGGAUCUUGGAAUCAAUAUUUCAAAAGAAUUUAAAUGUGAAACAAUAUUAGAUUUGGUAAAAUAGAUGAAUUAAAUUCCUAGUCAGAUAAAGAAAAGGGACAUGAUCUAAUAAAAUUGAUAAAAAUUUUAUGGGGUGAAAGUGGAGAUAAUAUCUCUAGAAUUUAUGCAGGUACUAAUUCUUCAACUACUAAAAUUUAAAAGACUGGAGGCAGUAAAUGGACUGGUAUGAUUGAACAUGGUUUAAAAGGUUUUCAUAGGUAUUUCUCAAAUUUAUUUAAUAGAUUUUAUAAUUAAAAUGUCACAGAUGAAGAGAAGUAAAAUAUUUACUCAUUUAUUGUUGGAGUUAAUUAACAAUCAAAUAAAUAAUAUUCGGGAAUAAUCGAAUAAAUUUAAUAACAAUCUCCAUGUAUUCAAAAAAAUAUAUUCGUAAUGAUUAUUAGUUAUGAUGCUGAAAAUUAAACAAUAAAUGAUUUCUAUCAUUUAUUUGAGUCUAGAUAGUAAAUAACAUAUUAAAUAUAUUAUAGAAUACCCUAAUUCAUAAUAGUUUUAUUUUAGAACAUUGUUAAAAUAUAUUAGCCUAUCAAUUAUAUUUAAGAAUAGAUGUAAUCAUCAAUUAGAUCUUAAUUAGGAUAAUAUGAAUGUGUUUUUUUUAGUUAAAAUGUAAUAAAUAUAAUGUAUAGUUAUAGGAAAAAUAAUAAAGUUACAUAUUCUCUAAAUAAAGUUGUUAAAAUGUAGAUUUUAAAGAUUAUCAUUUAAAGUAAGACAAUAGAGAAAUUGGAAUUGUUUAGAAUUUUAUAUAUGAAGAUUAACAAUUUUAAAUUUUAAAUUUAAAUUUAAAUUGUUAAGAAUUAAUAAUGUAUGAGAAAAAGAUUAUUUAAGAAAUUCAAGAAAAGAAUAUUAAUUCAACAUUUUCAAUUCUAGGAGGAAUUUGUAAUACAAAAAUUUUAAUUGAGGAAUCGAUUGAAAACUUUUGUAGAAAAAAUAAAAUGGAUACGAUUUCAAAAUUAUUUUUAUAUGAUGAAUUAUGUUUGUGUUUCUAGAAAUCAUAAAUGUUGAAAAGUUAUUAAGAACCUAAUAUUACUUUUUUGCCUAAAAAUGGAUUAAAAAGUUGGAAGAAUAGAAUUUUAUAUGGGCCAUAAGAAGCAUCGGAUAGUUUCAAUAUAUUAACAUAUGAAGAGUCAAUAAGUGGUGGUAUUAGAUUGUUAAUUACAAUUGAUUCUAAAAUACUUGGAUAAAAUACAUAAAAGUGGAUAAUUAAUGAAGAAGAGGAGGAUGAUGAUAUAAGAUAUAGCGAAUAAUUCUACUAAGUUUCAGAUGAUGAUGAUUUCGAAAAGAUUAUAUGA